AUGGAUUACAGCUCCUUCAGUGGAGUCCCCCGGUUCUUGACCCGGCCUAAGGCAUUUAUGGUGUCUGUGGGGAAGGAUGCCACCUUGAGCUGUCAGAUCAUUGGAAACCCUAUCCCAGCUGUGAGCUGGGAAAAGGAUAAACUUCCAGUCCAGUCUGGAGGAAGGUUUAAAACCACAGAAGAUGGGGAUCUCUAUAGACUAACAAUCUAUGAUCUGAGCCUGGAGGACAGUGGCCAAUAUAUCUGCCGGGCCAAGAACACCAUCGGGGAAGCCUUUGCAGCUGUCAGCAUCAAAGUUGGAGAGGAGACCACAGUAACGGAGUCGGCCCCGUACUUCAUCCAGAAACCCUCCUCCAUCAAGGUAACGCUGGGAGAAGAUGCCAUGUUCAAAUGCAAAGUUCAGGGCAGCCCUCCCCUCUCAGUGAACUGGGAGAAGGAUGGGAGACACCUGCGGAACCGGGCUGAUGCUGGCCGCUUCCAGAUUGAGUCUGCUGGGGAGUCCAAUGCUCUCACCAUACAGUGUGCCCGGCUCGGGGACAGCGGCACCUAUACCUGCCGGGCGGAGAAUCCCAUUGGCUCUGCCAGUGCUUCGGCUGCGUUGGUGGUGGAAACACAGGGCUCUUCCAAUCCGGGCAGCAGCAGCCACUUCGAUACUGGCUGCGGCAAGAUGACAUCCUUGUUGUCUCACCUGCAAAAGAGGAGGGAGGAGAUCAGGAAGAUGGACAUCUCCCAUGGGACUCUUGAUUCCACAUCUGCCCACUCUUACCCCAUGGCUGAAGGGUUGUCUGGCAUUGGCUACAGCCUCUCCCGGGAUUAUGAGAGGGCAUCUGGAUUUACCACCAAAGGGGCCCGCAAUGUGACUUUUGGGGCGUUGACACGCACGUGCAGUGUGACAGAGGGGAAGCACGCCAAACUGAGCUGCUACGUGACAGGCGAGCCCAAGCCAGAGAUUGUGUGGAAGAAGGACAACGAGGUCAUUUUGGAAGGGCGGCGACAUGUCAUCUAUGAGGACGAUCAGGAGAACUUUGUUCUGAAGAUCCUCUUCUGCAAGCAGAUAGACAACGGGCUGUACACCUGCACAGCCUCCAAUCUGGCAGGCCAGACGUACAGCUCUGUGCUCGUCACCGUCAAAGAACCCUCAAUACCCUUUAAGGAAAAACUGAAGGAUCUUGAAGUGAGGGAGAAGGAAUCUGCCACCUUCCAAUGUGAAGUACCUGUUCCUAGCACAGAGACAGCUUGGUUCAAGGAGGAAACCAAACUCCGGCAGAGCAAGAAAUACAACAUCGAGGAAGAGGGCACGUAUCGCCGGCUCACUGUCCAGAAUGUCACCACAGAUGAUGAUGCUGUCUAUAUCUGUGAGAUGAAAGAAGGAAGCAGGACCAUCGCAGAGUUGUCUGUCCAAGGGAACAUAAUAAAAAAACUUCCACGAAAGACUGCGGUCUUCAUAAAUGACACAGCCAUCUUCUGUGUGGAGCUAGACAAUGAAUGCCAGAACAUCCAAUGGCUGAAAAAUAAAGAAGAAGUGAAACCCAGUGAUCGAAUCUCCAUCACAUGCUCGGGCAAGCAACACACCAUGAUCAUCCGAGAGUGUAAGAUGGAAGAUGCUGGUGAGAUUGCUUUCCUGGCUGAUGAAAGCAGGACUUCCACCCAGUUCACUGUGACCACUCCCAAGAAACCUCCCACCCAACCCCCAGCUGACCCUGUGGUGAAAAAUAAAACAGAAACCUCAGUGACGUUAUCAUGGUCCCCUCCGAAGAUGGACCGCCCCAUUCCAAUCGAUGGCUACAUCGUGGAACGCAAGAAACUAACUGGCUUUACCUGGGUGAGGUGCCAUGAGUCUCAUGUCCCUGUCCCAGAGGUCACGGUGAGCAACCUGUUGGAAGAGGCUGACUAUCAGUUCAGAGUGUGUGCAGUCAACGCCUAUGGACAGAGCCCCUACCUGGAGUUCCCAGGAAGCAUGCACCUUGGACCCGUUCUGGCUGUGAAAACCCCCCUAACAACUGUUGAAGCUGUGCCUGGAGGGGAUGCCCUGUUUACUCUUGACCUUACAACAACAUGUUCUGGCACUUGGUACCUUAAUGGUAAAGCCUUACACGAAAGUGAGACCUGCAUCAUUAAGAGAACCCAAACUACUCAUACCCUAAUCAUAAAGAAUGUCACCAAGAACGAUGAUGGAGCAGAAGUAAAAUUUGUUGCCAAUAAUGUUGACACCAGCACCAAGAUGAGAGUGAAAGGUGCUGCAGCGAUAUUUAUCAACAAGAGCAGAGAAAUAGAAAAAGUCUCUGCCCGGGUGAGGGAGGAAACCAAGCUUCAGGCGGAGCUUUCGGACACAGAAGCUACUGUGAAGUGGAUGAAGGAUGGGAAAGAGCUCAAGGCCAGUGAAAAAUAUGAACUUCAAACUGUGGGGAAGAGGCACAUCCUGAAAAUUCACAACACUGCAGCAGAGGAUGCUGGAGUUUAUGAGUGUGUCUGUGAUGAGGAUAAAAUGCUCUUUCAGCUUUCAGUGAAAGCGCUUGCAAACUUCAUAAACAAAGAGAAAAGUGGAGGAGUUAUCAGGGCCAUUGCUGGAAAACGGGCUGAGUUUGUUUCUGAGACCACUGAGGCCAACAUCAUGGUUAAGUGGUACAAAGAUGACAAAGAAAUCACAGCCAGCAAGAAAUUCACCAUGGAAGAUAAAGGGAAACUGCAUAAGCUUGUGGCUUCAGCUGUGAUGAAAGAAGAUGAAGGAACAUACACAUGCAGAAUUGGAGAUGACACUCUUACUUUCGAUUUAAAAGUCUCAGACGAAGCCGUUACUUUUGUCAACAAGCCCAAAACAACUCCAGAAAUAUCAGUCAGCCCUUCUGAAAACCUUGAGCUGGUGUGUGAGGUGUCAGCUGCAAGUGGAGCUGUGGUAUGGAAGAAGAAUCAAAUUGAGGUGAAACAGGACCAGAGGACAACAGUGAUCUCCCAGGGGACACACCGCAAGCUCAUUGUCAAGAAGGUGACGCAGCAAGACCAAGGGAAAUACACCUGUGAAAUGAAGGAUGACAAAAUAACAUUCCAAGUCAAAGUCAGAGAGACAGAAGAUGUGUUUACAAACAAGGACAAGGUGAAGAAAGAGGUGAAAGCUGCACUGACAGAAGAUGCCACCCUGAGCUGCGAGGUGGCCCAGGAGAAGACCGACGUGAAAUGGUACAAGGAGGGGAAACUGAUCACCUCGAGCAAGAAGUUCAAGGUGGAGUCUCAGGGCAAAUCGCGUCGCCUGGUGGUGGGUCAGGUGGAGAAGAAGGAUGCUGGGGAGUACACCUGCGAGGCUGCUGGCCAGAAACUGACCUUCAAGCUUGACGUCACAGAUGCAGAGGAUGCCUUUGUCAACAAAGAGAAAGCACAGAAAGAGGUGAAAGCUGCGCUAUCAGAAGAUGCCACCCUGAGCUGUGAGGUGGCCCAGGAGAAGAUCGACGUGAAGUGGUACAAGGAGGGGAAACUGAUCACCUCGAGCAAGAAGUUCAAGGUGGAGUCUCAGGGCAAAUCGCGUCGCCUGGUGGUGGGUCAGGUGGAGAAGAAGGAUGCUGGGGAGUACACCUGCGAGGCGGCUGGCCAGAAACUGACCUUCAAGCUUGACGUGACAGAGCCAGAAGUUGUGUUUACAAACAAGGACAAGGUCCAAAAGGAGGUGAAAGCUGCGCUAUCAGAAAAUGCCACCCUGAGCUGCGAGGUGGCCCAGGAGAAGACCGACGUGAAAUGGUACAAGGAGGGGAAACUGAUCACCUCGAGCAAGAAGUUCAAGGUGGAGUCUCAGGGCAAAUUGCGUCGCCUGGUGGUGGGUCAGGUGGAGAAGAAGGAUGCUGGGGAGUACACCUGCGAGGCUGCUGGCCAGAAACUGACCUUCAAGCUUGACAUCACAGAGCCAGAAGUUGUGUUUACAAACAAGGACAAGGUCCAAAAGGAUGUGAAAGCUGCACUGACAGAAGAUGCCACCCUGAGCUGUGAGGUGGCCCAGGAGAAGACCGACGUGAAGUGGUACAAGGAGGGGAAACUGAUCACCUCGAGCAAGAAGUUCAAGGUGGAGUCUCAGGGCAAAUCGCGUCGCCUGGUGGUGGGUCAGGUGGAGAAGAAGGAUGCUGGGGAGUACACCUGCGAGGCUGCUGGCCAGAAACUGACCUUCAAGCUUGAUGUCACAGAAGCAAAACCUGCAUUUAUAAACCUGGAAAAAGUCCAGAAGGAGGUGAAUGCUGCCCUGACAGAAAGUGCCACCCUCAGCUGUGAGGUAGCACAGGAUGCAACCGAAGUAAAAUGGUUCAAGGAUGGAAAACUGCUAGUUUCCUCUAAAAAAUUCAAAAUAGAAACUGUGGGUAAAACCCGGCGCCUGGUUAUAGAGCAGCUGGAGAAGAGAGAUGCUGGAGAAUACAUCUGUGAGAACGCAGGCCAAAAACUGACCUUCAAGUUGACACCAACUGAACCAGAGGCUAAAUUUGAAAAGAAAGUUGUCCAGAAAGAGCCUCUUAUUGUUCAAGAACAUGAAAGCAUCACACUGACUACUUCAGUAACGCCUGAAACGGCUGCAGUAAAGUGGUUCAAGGAUGGAACUGAAAUCAAGGCGAGCAAGAAAUAUGAGAUCAAGAGUGAAGGGGCAUCCAGGACCCUGACAGUGAACCUUGCUGAGAGCACGGACACUGCUGUGUACUCUUGCCAGACCAAGAGUGACAAGCAGGAAUUCAAAGUACAGGUGAAAGAAAUCCCAGUGAAGUUUGUCGAAAAACUUGAAGCUGUGAAUGCCGAGAUUGGAGGCAGUGUGUCUCUGACCUGCAGUGUGAGCCAUGCCAAGGGGAAGGUGGUGUGGUGCAGGAACAGAGUUGAGAUCAAGCCCAGCAAGCGUUUCCAGAUCCAUGAGGAGGGGGUCAAACGAACCCUGACAAUAACAGGGAUCCGGGCAGAGGAUGAAGGAGAGUACUCCUGCGAGUCCAGAGAUGACAAGAGCAGCAUUACCAUCACCCCCAAAGCUCCCAGAGUAGUGAAAUUCAUUACGAGUCUCAACAACGUGGUCUCUGAGGAGGGAAAAGAGGCUGUGUUUAGGUGCACCGUCUCUCCCAGUGAUGCUGUGGUCACUUGGUUCAGGAAUGGUGUCAAGAUUGAAGGCAGCAAGAAGUAUGUGAUCUCACAGAAGGACACCAACCACAGUCUCACCAUCACUGAUCUGACGCUGGAAGAUGCAGCUGAAAUCUCUGCCAAUGCUGAGAAUGUAGAAAGCAAGGCCAGUCUCAGAGUCCGAGAGGCCUCAAUCUCAUUCAAGAAGAAAUUGGAGCCCAGAACAGUUGAAGAGAGGGACACGGUGACCUUGGAGGUAGAACUGACCAAGCCUGCAGAGGUUAAGUGGAUGAGGAACAGCAUCGUAUUGAAGCCCAGUGAAAAAAUAGAGAUCAGAGCUGAGGGAACAAAGCACACCUUGGUGGUUAAGGACAUCUCAUUUGCAGACAGGGGCUUCUACUGCUGUGAGAGUCCUGAUGACAAGACCCAAGCCAAGAUCAAUGUGGAGAUGAGGCAGAUCAAGCUGGUGAAAGGUCUUCAGUCCCUCCAAGUCUCCGAGAAAGGGACCGUCACCUUUGAGGUGGAGGUAUCGCAUGAGGAUGUGGAAGGCAUCUGGCAGAAGGAUGGUGUUCGGCUGAAACCUUCACCAAACAUCAGUAUUGGUGUCCUGGGGAAGAAACAUUCACUGACUUUUUCUUCAGUGACUCUUGAAGAUACAGGACUCAUCUCCUUCAAAGCAGAUGGCAUUCAUUCGUCAGGGAGGCUCACUGUGACAGGUACACAGACCCAGAACAAACCUCUGGUAGACAUCAGUGUAACUCAGAAGGACAAGGUCACAUUCGAGUGUGAGCUUUCCAGGCCCAACGUAGAUGUUAAGUGGUUCAAGGAUGGGAAGGAGCUCCAGCAAAGUAAAAAAGUGGGGAUUAUUUCCCAGGGAAAUAAGAGAAGCCUCAUUAUUCACAAGUGUGAAUAUGAAGACAAGGGAACUUAUACAUGUGAAACAGCUGAAGACAAGACAUCAGCUACACUAAAUGUUCAUGCCCGAGAUAUCAAGAUUAUUAAACCACUAGAAGAUGUGGAAGUGAAUGAAUAUGAGAGUGCAUCUUUUGUCUGUGAGAUUUCACAUGAUGAGGUCCAAACCCAUUGGUACAAAAAUGACAACAAGCUGAAGGCUACUGACAAUAUCCGAAUGCGUCAAGAUGGAAAGACCUAUUCACUGACUUACACACGCGUCCAAGUUGAAGAUGCAGCAGAGAUCAAAUUUGUUGCAGAAAAGGCAGAAUCUCGCGCCCACCUUACUGUAAAAGAGCUGCCUGUAAAAAUUGUGAAGCCUUUGCGAGAUAAGAUUGCUCUUGAAAAACAUCGGGGAUUCCUGGAGUGCCAGGUGUCUCGUGCCAGUGCCGAGGUUAAAUGGUAUAAAAAGGAUGUUGAAAUUCACCCUAGUGACAAAUACGAAAUUGUGAGUGAUGGUGUCUAUCGGAAACUCAUCAUCAACGAUGCAGAUUAUGAAGAUGAGGACAUGUACACUUGUGAUGCCUUUGAUGACAAAAGCACUGCUAAUUUCUUUGUUGAAGAGCAAUCCAUUAAUAUUGUAAAGGAAUUGUGUGAUGAGGAUGUGACUGAGCCUGAAGAAGCCAAGUUUGAAUGUGAGAUAUCCAUUCCAUCUGUGAAACCCCCCAAAUGGUCUCUACGCGGAGAAGUCUUACAGGCUGGCAGAAACAUUAUCAUGCAUCAGGAAGGCACUAUCCACAGGCUGAAAAUACUCAAAACGACUGCUGAUAUGACAGGCACUAUUCAGUUCUCCAUUGGCAAAUCCAAAUCCACUGCAAACCUGCUUGUCAGAGAUUACCACAUACAGAUCACCAGGAAAAUGGAGGACAAGACAGCUCUGGAGCGCCAUUCAGUGAUCCUGUCCUGCGACUUCAGGCCUUCUCCAAAGGUUGUAAAGUGGUUCAAGGGCCACACACCCAUUGAGCCCUCUGAGAAGUACAAAAUCAAGCGGGAACAGCAUUCAGCAGAGCUCAAAAUUUUGAAGGUGAAGCCCGAAGAUGCUGGUGUGUACAAGUGCAGGGCUGGAAAUGCAGAGACCGAAGCCACGCUGACCGUUGAAGCCCGCAAUGUAGAAGUACUCAAACACCUGCAAGAUGUGGAGAUUGAGGAAGAGAGUUCCGCUGUCUUCUCCUGCGAGCUGUCUCAUGAUGAUGAGGAUGUGGAAUGGUUCCUCAACGGCACCCUCCUUUACACCAACAAUUUCAACGACAUCAGAAAUAUCCACAACUGUUACACGCUGACGAUGAAGCACGUCAAGCCUGAGGAUGCUGGCACAGUGACAAUGAAGUCAGACAAAGUGUCAGAGAGCGUGCGUCUGAAGGUGAUAGAGAAGCCUGCUGUCUUCAUGAAGUCCUUGGAUGAUGUUUUUGGUGAGGAGCGAGGUAUGAUUAAACUGGAAUGUGAAGUCUCCAAAGAGAAGGUCAAACCCGUUUGGAAAAAGGAUGGUGUGAAGCUCACUUCUGGUAACAAGUAUGAACAGAUACAGUCUGGAAAGACCCUGUGCCUCCUUAUCCAUGACCUUGAAAAGACAGAUGCAGGUUUAUACACAUGUGAUAUUGGCACUGAUGUUGCCAAGUCAAAGGUCAGCGUUCAGGAACUGAACAUUGGCAUCACCAAACGGCUUAAGAACACUGAAAUCCAAGAGGGAGAAGAUUGCACUUUUGAGUGUAUUUUGUCCCAUGAAAGCAUUGACGAUUUCAACUGGACACUGAACGGGAGCAAAGUGGAAAGUGGUGGGCGAUUUAAAGCCUCUAACAUGGGUCGGAAAUAUACGCUCAAUAUCAAAAGUGUGGUUCCUGAUGAUUCUGGGGAAGUAAUUUUCACUGCUCGUGGUUUAACCUCCAAGGCUUCUCUUGUUGUGAAAGAAAAACCUACUGAGGUUACAAAACAGCUGGAGGAUAAAACAUCAGCAGUGGGGCAGGACAUCAGCCUGAGCUGUGAAUUGUCAAAACCUGAUGUGACCAUCAGGUGGUAUAAGGAUGGCAAAGCAAUCCGAAAAAGCCAGAAAUAUGACUUGCACCAAGAGGGAACACGGGCUUUUCUGAUCAUCCAUGACUCCACGGUCAAGGACAGUGGGGAGUACACCUGUGAGACAGAGGUGUCUAAAACUAAAGCCAGGAUCACAGUUCAAGAAAAACCCAAUUAUUUUGUCAAGGAACUUUCAGAUCUGAAAGUCAAUGAAACUGAAACGGCAGUUUUUAUGUGUCAGAGUGAGAAACCUGCAUCCUCUGUGGUCUGGAGAAAAGGCAUAGCUGAACUCAGGACUGGCAGGAAAUACGAGAUCACACAGAAAGGACAAGUCCUCCAGCUGACCAUAAAUAACUUGGAGAAAAGUGACAGUGACACUUACACCUGCGACAUUGGUGAUGCCCAGUCCAGAGCCAAGCUAGUUGUCCAAGGCCAGAAAGUGCUAAUAACAGAAGACCUGGAAGAUGUCACUGUGUUAGAAGGAGAAUCUGCCAUGUUCAAAUGCAGAAUCUCUCCUGUAGACUAUAGCAAAGUGCAGUGGUUUUUGGAUAAAACCCCACUCCAUACCAAUGAGCUUAAUGAGAUCCAGUCUCAGCCUGGUGGAUAUCACUUGCUAACAUUGAAAAAACUGUCACUGAAGGACUCGGGGGUCAUUACAUUUGAAGCUGGUGAUAAGAAAACAUCUGCCAGUUUGGUUGUUAAAGAGAAGCCCUGCAUCUUCACAAAGGAGCUGGUUGAUACUGAAGUCACUGAGGGAGAGGAUGUGAUCCUUCACUGUGAAACCUCCAAAUCAGACAGCCCUGUAAAGUGGUGCAAAGAUGGGAAGAGCCUUAGGAAUUCUUCCAAGCAUAACAUCAGCCGGUCGGGAUUUGAGGCCAAGCUUGUCAUUCACAGGGCAGAAGAAAGAGACAGUGGCAGAUAUGAGUGUGAGGCUGGAGCAGCUAAAAGUAGUGCGGUUAUUACUGUCAAGGAAAUACCAGUUCUUUUCAAGCAGGAGCUCCAAAAUGAAGAAGCUAAAGAAGGAAAACAAGUCAAGCUGACCUGUGAGCUCAGCAAACCUGAUAUCCCAGUGAAAUGGAUGAAAGGAGACACUGUUCUCUAUGCCAGCGAGAAGUAUGAAUUUAAGCAGCAUGGUACUGUGGCAGAGCUCAUUAUUCAAGAUGUCAAAGCGAUAGACUCUGGGGACUAUACCUGCAGCACUGGGGAACUGAAAACCACUGCUCGGGUGAAAGUAAACGCUGUGCCUGUCCUUUUCAAACAAGCCCUGGAGAAUAUGGAAAUAGAAGAGGGGAAAUCUGUCUCCAUGCGCUGCGAACUCACAAAAGCUGAUGCCACUGUGAUGUGGAAGAAGGGAGAAGUCACGCUCCGGGCAAGUGACAAAUAUGAAAUGAAGCAGAAGGGGACAGUGGCAGAACUGGUGAUACAUAAUGCAGAGCUGGGAGAUGCAGGAAGAUACACCUGUGACACUGGAGAGCAGCAGACCACAGCCCAAGUCAAAAUCCAUGCUGUCUCUGUGCUCAUCAGAGAAGAGUUGAAGAACGUAGAAGCUGUGGAAGGUGGGACAGCCACCCUGCGAUGCCAGCUGAGCAGAGAGGCCCCCGUGGAGUGGAGGAAGGGCCACACUCUUCUCCGGCCGAGUAACAAGUACAGGAUGAGGCAGGAGGGCACGGUGGCUGAGCUGCUGAUCCAUGACCUAGACCCAAAGGACGCUGGCAACUAUACAUGUGUAGUGGGGAAUCAAAAAACCACAGCAGCCUUAUCAGUGAAUGCCCUGCCAAUCCGUUUCAAAAAAGAGUUGAAGAACGAGGAAGCCACCGAGAGCGGGACGGCCACGCUGCAGUGCGAGCUGAGCCAGGCUGUGGACUCAGUCGAGUGGAGGAAGGAUGGGAAGGUGCUGAUGCCAAAUGGCAAAUACAAAAUGAGACAGGAAGGGCGUUUUGUUGAGCUGGUUAUUCAAGACCUAGACUUGACUGAUGCUGGGAGCUAUACCUGCGUGUGUGGAAACCAGAAGACAACAGCUGCUUUGAGAGUGAAUGCCUUGCCUAUCCUCUUCCAAGAAGAAGUAUUGAACAAGGAAGCUACAGAGGGGGAGGCGGUCACUUUGCAUUGUAAACUGAGCAAAUCGGCCCCAGUCGAGUGGAGAAAAGGGAAUAAGGUCCUCAAGCCAAGUGAAAAAUACAAAAUAGAGCAGGAAGGUCCCUUCGCAGAGCUGAUGAUCCGGGAUUUGGAUUUGGCGGAUGCUGGCAAUUACAGCUGUGUAUGCGGAGAUCAACAGACUACAGCUGCUUUGACAGUAAAUGUCCUGCCUGCUCUUUUCACCAAAGAACUGACAGAUGAAGAAGCCACAGAAGGUAAAAGUGUCUCUCUGCACUGUGAGCUGAAUAAGGCUGCUGCUAACGUGGAGUGGAAGAAGGGAUUCAAGACCCUCAAAUCAAGCGACAAAUACAAAAUGAAACGUGACGGUGCUGUUGCUGAGCUUAUAAUCCAAAAUCUAGACACAACGGAUGCUGGAACUUAUUCCUGUGUGUGCGGAGACCAGCAGACUAUGGCAGUUUUAACAGUACAUGCUUUACCUGCAUUUUUCAAAGAAGGAUUGAAGAACAGAGAAGCCACAGAUGGUGCCACAGCCACUCUGCACUGCGAGCUCAGCAAGGUCGGUGUCCUGGUGGAGUGGAAAAAAGGGGACAAGACACUCAAACCAAGUGAUAAGUAUAGGAUGAGACAAGAAGAUACUGCUGCAGAGCUGUUGAUCCGAGAUCUGGAGGUAGAAGAUACAGGAGAAUAUACCUGUGUAUGUGGAGACCAGAAGACCUCGGCUGUCUUGACAGUCCAUGCUUUGCCUGCACUGUUCAAAAAAGAACUUGUCAAUAUGGAAGCCACAGAAAACGGGACGGCUGUUCUGCAGUGUGAGCUAACUAAACCCACUCCGGUGGAGUGGAGGAAAGGGCAAAAGGUGCUCAAGCCUAGCGACAAGUACAAAAUGAGACUGAAGGAUACCAUUGCUGAGCUGACAGUCCAUAGCCUGGAGGAACAAGAUGCAGGAGAUUACACAUGCGUGUGUGGAGACAAGAUGACUACUGCAUCCCUGACAGUGCAUGCCCUUCCUCCGUAUUUUAAAAAAGAGUUGAAGAACGUGGAAGCCACAGAAAAUGGCACAGCCACUUUCUGCUGUGAACUGAACAAGCCUGCAGCUGCCGUGGAAUGGAGAAAAGGAGACAGAGCCCUGGAGACAAGUGAGAAGUUCACUAUGAGAUGUGAGGGCACAACUGCUGAGCUGGUGAUCUGUGAUUUAGAUCUGACAGAUGCUGGAGAUUACACGUGUUGUUACGGAGAUGAGAAAACUACUGCUGCACUGAAAGUGAAUGCCUUGCCAGCACACUUCAAGAAAGAGAUGAAGAACGAAGAAGCCACAGAAGGUGGAACAGUCACCCUACAAUGUGAGCUAUCUAGGUCUGCCUCUGUGGAGUGGAAAAAGAAACACAAAGUGCUCAAAUCAAGUGAAAAAUAUACUAUGAGACAGGAAGGUACUACAGCACAACUGCUGAUCCAUGCUUUAGAAGUCAAGGAUGCUGGGGAGUAUACCUGUGUGUGUGGAGGUGAGAAGACUACGGCAGCACUGACAGUGCAUGCCCUUCCUGCUCUCUUCAAAGAAGAGUUAAGAAAUGAGAAAGCCACAGAGGGUGAAGCAGUGACUCUGCGCUGUGAGCUGACCAAGGCUGCUUCAGUGGAGUGGAAAAAGGGACACACAGUACUCAAACCUAGCGAGAAAUACAAGAUGAAACAGAAGGAUGUCACUGCAGAACUGGUGAUCCAUAAUCUAAAUGAGAAUGAUGCUGGUGAUUAUACCUGUGUGUGUGGGGAUAAGCAGUCCACAGCUUCCUUAGCAGUACAUGCACUGCCUGCACGCAUCAAGGAGAGCCUGAAGGAUGAGGAGGUAACAGAAGGUCAAGCAGCCACUCUGUGCUGUGAGCUGACCAAGGUUGCUCAAGUAGAGUGGAGAAAGGGAAGCAGUUUGCUCAAAAUCAGCGACAAAUACAAAAUGAGACAGGAAGGCACAAUCAUGAAGCUGCUUAUCCAUGACGUAGAAUUGAAAGAUGCUGGAGAAUACACUUGUGUGUGUGGAGAACAGGAGACAACAGCUGCCUUGAUAGUGCAUGCUCUGCCUGCACUUUUCAAAGAAGAACUGAAGGACCUUCAAGCCAUGGAAAGCCAAACAGCCACUCUGUGCUGUGAGCUGACCAAGGCUGCAGCUGUGUCAUGGAAAAAAGAAAACAAAAUACUCAGGGCAAAUCAAAAAUACAUCAUGCGGCAGGAUAAUGCCCUUGUUGAGCUGGAAAUUUGUGACCUAGAUAUGCAGGAUGCAGGAUAUUACACCUGUGUGUGUGGAGACCAACAAACCACGGCUUCUCUGACAGUGAAUGCCCUGCCGGUGCUUUUCGAGAAAGAACUGAAGAAUGAAGAAGCCCAAGAAGGAACAUCAGUCUCUCUGCGUUGUGAAUUAACCAAAGAAGCUCCAGUUCAGUGGCAAAUAGGGUCUAAAGUGCUCAAAGCAAGUGACAGAUAUCAAAUGAGACAGCGUGGCACCAUUGCAGAGCUGGUCAUUCAUGACCUAGACAUAAAAGAUGCUGGAGAUUACACCUGUGUGUGUGGUGACCAAAAGACAACAGCAACCUUAACAGUUCAUGCUCUGCCACCGCUCUUCACAGAAGAGCUAAAGAACAAGGAAGCAGAAGAAGGUGGAGAGGUGGUCCUGCACUGUGAGCUCACCAAGGCUGCUCAGGUGGAAUGGCAGAAGGACCAGAAGAUUCUCAAAGAGAGUGAGAAAUACAAGAUGAGGCAGGAAGGGAGCAAGGCAGAGCUGGUGAUUCAUGAAAUAGCUGAGGAGGAUGCAGGACACUACACCUGUGUGUGUGGAGAGCAGCAGACUACAGCUGUCUUAACAGUACAGGCUGUGCCUCCAUUUUUCCAAGAAGAAAUGACCAGCAAGGAAGCAGUAGAAGGUGGAAUGGCCACUUUUCACUGUGAGCUCAGCAAGGCAUCUGCCCAUGUUCAGUGGAAGAAGGGCCAUCACGUCCUCACCUCGGACAAGAAGUACAGCAGGAGACAGGAAGGCUGUAUUGUGGAGUUGGUAGUUCACGAUUUAGACUUGAAUGAUACUGGAGAUUAUACCUGUGUGUGUGGAGACAAGACCACCACAGCUGCCUUAACUGUGCAUGCACUGCCUCCAGAAUUCAAAAAAGACCUGAAGGACCUCGAAGCUGUAGAAAAUGGGACAGCUGCUCUGCACUGCGAGCUGACUAAACCUGGUGUGGUGGAGUGGAAGAAAGGGCAAGAGGUGCUCAAAGCAAGCAGCAAGUAUAAAAUGUGUCAAGAUGGUGCUGUUGCAAAGCUGAUUAUCCAUGCGCUGGAUGUGGAGGACACUGGAGAUUAUACCUGUGUGUGUGGAGAUCAGCAGACAACUGCCACUUUGACAGUCAAUGCCCUACCAGCACUUUUUAAACAAGAGCUUCAUAAUACUGAAGCAGAAGAAGGUGGUACAGCAACACUGAGGUGUGAGCUUACCAAACCCAAGGCUCCAGUAGAGUGGAGGAAAGGAGACAUUACACUCUACCCUGGUUUGAAAUAUGAGAUGAAGCAGCAGGGCACCAGUGCUGAAUUGGUCAUUUAUGACUUAGAGCCGGACGAUUCAGGAAGGUAUACCUGCGACUCUGGACAUCAGCAGACAACGGCUGUGGUAACUGUACAUGCAUUGCCUGUUACAUUUAAGCAACCCCUACAAAAUAAGGAAUCAGAGGAAGGAAGUACAGCUACAUUCUGUUGUGAGCUGUCAAAACCCAAUGCUGCAGUGGAGUGGAGGAAAGGAGGAGUGGUGCUGCAUCCUGGCCAGAAAUAUGAAAUGAGGCAGAGGGAAUGCCUGGUAGAGCUCUUAAUACAUAAUCUCAAAUUAGAAGAUACAGGAGAAUACAGCUGUGAUACUGGGGAUCAGGAAGAAAAGGCAUCUUUAAACGUGAAAGCUGUGCCAAUUCUUUUCAAAAAGGAGCUCAAGGACAAGGAGGCAGACGAAGGAGCUGCAGUGAAAUUCCAGUGUGAGCUGACAAAGGAUAAUGCAGCAGUGGAGUGGAGGAAAGGCACCAUGGAGCUCUUCCCAUGCGCCAAAUAUGAAAUUAAAUUAAGUGGUCACACAGCUGAACUUGUGAUUCAUAAUGUGGAACCAGAAGAUGCCUCUGAUUACACGUGUGAUACAGGAGACCAGCAGAGCACCGCGGUCCUCCAAGUGAAUGCCAUCAAACCUCAGCUGAAGCAGCAGCUGAAGAACGAAGAAGUGGAAGUGGGCGGAACAGCCAGGCUGCGCUGUGAGAUUUCCAUUAGCAAAGCACAAGUGGAGUGGAGGAAAGAUGGAGCUGUCCUUCACUCGAGCUCCAAGUACAAAAUGCGGCAGGACGGCACUCUCCGCGAGCUGUGUGUUCACCGCCUGGAGCCCAGCGAUGCUGGAGAGUAUUCCUGCAAGGUUGGAGAUGAGACAAGCUCUGCAAAACUGACCGUGAAAGAGCCUGACGUGACCAUCGUGAGCGGUCUAAAGGACAUGGUGGUGCUUGAAGGGGAUGAUGUCACGUUUCAGUGCCAAGUCUCUCAUGAAAACGCAAGGGACGUUGAAUGGAAGCUACAGGAUAUUGCUCUGCAAAAUAAUGAAAUGAAUGAAAUCUCAGUGGAAAAAGGAAAGAUUCACACCCUGACAUUAAGAAAGGUGACUGAGCAGGACGUUGGCACCAUCACUUUCCGCGUGGGACCCCACACAUCGACAGCAGAGCUCACAGUAAAAGUGCCACCUCCAGUCUUUAAGGAGAAAUUACAGAGCACAGAGCUGCGGGAAGAGGAAACAGCCAUCCUCCACUGUGAGGUCUCCCAGCCUAAUGCUGCGGUGAAGUGGAAGAAGGAUGCUCACGUAAUUUCCCCAAGCUCCAAGUAUGAAAUCAGGCAGGAAGGAACAAUCCAUACUUUAAAGAUUUAUCACUUAAAACCAGAAGACUCAGGCAAAUACACCUGUGAUAAUGGAAAUGAACAAACAACAGCCACUUUAACUGUUACAGCUUUGCCAGUAAUCUUCACAAAACCACUCCAGAACCAGCAAGCUGAAGAAGGCAGCACCAUCACUUUGAGCUGUGAAAUCUCAAAAUCAAAUGCCACUGUGCAGUGGAAGAAGGCUGGGACAGUGCUGCGACCAAGUGACAAAUACAAGAUGCAUCAGGCUGAAUCCGUGGCUGAGCUGACAAUUCACAACCUGAGUGAAGCGGAUGCUGGGGAAUACAUGUGUGACACAGGGGACCAGCAAACAACGGCAGCCGUGCUCGUGAAAGAACCAGCAGCAACCGUAGUGGAGGCACUGAAGGACGUCACUUCGUGUGAAGGAGAAGAUGCAGUGUUUGAAUGCAGGCUGUCCCGGGAAACAACUCAGGAUGCCCAGUGGUUCCUGGGGGAUGUUCCCCUGCAAUCCAAUGAAAUGAAUGAGAUCAGAGUCCAAGGGACAUGUCACACUUUGAUCCUGAGGAAGGUGACACUGGAAGACUGUGGGCCCAUCAGUUUCAAAGUCGGGCAGCAUUCCUCAGCAGCACAGCUAAUGGUUCAAGUUGCUCCAGUCACCUUUGUAAAGGCGCUCCGCAGCUUGCAGCUACAGGAGGGUGGCACGGCUCACUUGUCCUGUGAGGUGUCCAAGUCUGAUGUCCCGGUGGAGUGGAAGAAAGGCACGUCUGUGAUCCGCUCCAGCCAGAAGUGCAGCAUCAAGCGGGAGGGGAACGUGCACACGCUGGUCAUUCAUGAUUUGAACCGUGAGGAUUCAGGGGAGUAUAGCUGCCACACAGCUGAUGGGAAGACCACUGCUAAGCUAGAGGUUAAAGCCCUCCCUGUGCUUUUCAAACACUGCCUGAAAAAUGAGGAGGUGGAGGAAGGUUGCACGGCUAUGCUGCACUGCGAGCUGACAAAACCCAAUGCACAUGUGGAGUGGAGGAAAGGAGAUAUGGUGCUGCAGGCAAGUGACAAGUACGAGAUCCGGCAGGAGGGGACACGUGUUGAGCUCUUCAUCUAUGAUGCUGAGGCCGAGGAUGCUGGUGAUUAUACGUGUGACUUGGGGGAUCAGCAGACCACUGCAUCACUGCAGGUCAAAGUACUACCCGUGCUGUUUAAUGAAGAGCUGAAAAAUGUGGAGUCUGAAGAAGGGGGAACAGCUGUCUUGCACUGUGAGAUCUCCAAGCCGGAUGCUCCUGUCGAGUGGAGAAAAGGAGGGGUGGUCAUUCAGCCCAGUGACAAGUAUGAGAUGAAGCUGAAAGGCAACAUUGCUGAGCUGAUCAUCCAUGGUGUAGAGCCUGACGACUGUGGUGAUUACACCUGUAGCACUGGAUACGAGAUCACCACAGGUUCUGUAUAUGUGCAAGAAGAAGCAGCAGUCAUAGUUUCUGGUUUAAAGAACACAGACGUCUUUGUGGGUGAGUCAGCCACGUUCACCUGCGAGCUCUCGCACCCGGGCGUGAAGAACGUGCAGUGGUGGCUCGAUGGAUCUCCCCUUCACAACAACUUUGUGACUGAAAUCUCUGAGCGGGACGGGAUGGUCCACACUUUAACCCUAAAUGACGUGGCAUGCCAUGACUCAGGCACUGUCACCUUCAGAGCUGGGUCCCUUAUAUCUUCAGCUAAAUUAUUAGUCAAAGAUCCAACCAUUGAAGUGGUCAGUCCCAUGCAGGAUAUAACUGUUGAUGAAGAUGGCACAGCAGAGUUCAUAUGCCAGUAUUCUAGGCCAGUACACGCCAUAUGGAAGAAAAAUGAUCAGGAAAUACAUGCAGAUGGGCAGCGAGUGAUUAUCGAUCAGGACUGGAAUGUAAGCAUGCUAAAAAUUAAACCUACGGUACCAGAAGACACUGGCAUCUAUUCUUGUGAAGCUGAAGGCACUAAAGUGAUGGCUGCACUUGAUGUUCAAGCCAAGAACAGCAUUGUCCAGGGCUUGGAGAAUGUGGAAGCUGUGGAAGGAGGGGAAGCCCUCUUUGAAUGCUACCUUUCCAAACCUGAGUGCUACAACUACAACUGGCUGAUUGACGACGAACCUGCCAAAACUACAGAAAACACUGAGAUGGUUUACUUUGAAAAUGGGCGCAGGCAUCUUCUGCUGCUGAAGAACCUAACUCCCCAGGACAGCUGCAGGGUGACUUUUACGUGCAGCGAUGCGGUGACUUCAGCCUUCCUGACAGUGAAAGGAUGGCGCCUACAGAUCUUGCAGCCUCUCACAGAUGUGGAAGUGUCUCUGGGAGAGAAAGCUACGUUCAGCUGUGUUCUAAGUGAAGCUGUGCCAAUUAACGAAGUUGCCUGGUAUAGUAACGACAUAGAAAUCCAAUCGGAUGAGGACUGGCAGAUACAGGCAGAUGGAAGCAAAUACAAACUUAUUUUGAAAAAAGCCCAACUGCAUCAUUCUGGAGAGGUGACCUUUGCUUCCAGGGAAGCAAUUGCAUCAGCCAAGUUAUCUGUGAUUGCCCACCCUGAUCCACCUGAAGAACCAGAAGUUUUAAGUAAGAACAGCCACUCUGUAAUUCUGUCUUGGUACAAGCCGUUGAGUGACGGCGGUUGUGACAUCCUAGGCUACAAUGUGGAGAGGAAAAUCCCAGGUGUUGGCUGGCAGUCAUGCAGCAAGGACAUUAUUCAAACCACAGAGUUUAUGGUGGAUGAUCUCACCCCGGGUGAACCGUACAGAUUCCGCGUCUCAGCUGUAAACGAAGUUGGGGCCAGUGAGCCAGUGCACUUCCCUCAAGUGGUGCAGCUAGAGCCCUCAGUUACAAUCACCCAUCCUCUGGUGGGAGGAUCAGUCUCGGAAGGGGAGGUGGCUCGCUUGGAGUGCAAAUUAUCAAGUGAAACUGAAAAAAGAGUGACAUGGUUCAAAGGAAAAGACCAAAUACAAGCUGGAGGGAGAUACAAGAUCCUCUCUGAUGGAAAAAAACAGAUACUUAUUAUUCAUUCAUUUAAACCUGAAGAUCAGGACACAUAUACCUGCAUGGUUUCUCCAGAAGUCAAAUCUGUUGCCAGCUUGCAUCUUGAAGUUCCCACAGUGACAAUGCUAAAAGAGAUUUCCAGGGAAGAACCCCCUGCAAGCCAACCAGAAGAGUUGGUGGAUGGCCAUGUCCAGCCCAGCUUGCCCCCUGAGGCUGCUCAGGAGGGAGACCUUCACCUCCUGUGGGAAGCCCUGGCCAAGAAACGCCGAAUGAGUCGGGAGCCCACCUUGGAUUCCAUCAGUGAGGUGCCUGAAGAGGAUGAGAAGCUUCAGAAGUUGAGGAAGGAGGAAGCGGAGAUGUCUCACUAUUACUCAGAGGAAUACUCCACAUGUGAUGAGCUGGCUAGGACAGGAGAAGCAGAUUUCUCUUUCACAAGCUCAGAUGAUGAGUCUAGAGCUGGGACUCCUUCACUGGUGAACUACCUCAAGAAAGCUGGGAAGACAAGUGUCAGUGUCACUAGCAAGGCUCAGUCCACCUUCACAGGCAAAUUAUGGAAACAGUGGGAGAAAUCCAGUGUGGAGACUGUUGUGGCUGCCACAGCUGCUAAACCAGCUGAACCAGAAAUAACAGAUUUAGAUGACCCUUCCAUGAACAAGGCGGCCGUGAAGAUCCAGGCUGCUUUCAAAGGCUACAAAGUCAGGAAAGAGAUAAAGCAACAAGAGUGCCCAGUGUUUACUGAGACCUUCAAAGAUUUCUCUGGUGAGCCUGGAAGCACUCUCCACCUCGAGUGUGUGGCCCACAGCAAAACUGACAUGAAAGUCCGUUGGCUGAAGGAUGGGGAAGAGCUUUCAGAUGGUCGCUACUAUCACAUAGACAAUUACAGCGAUGGGACCUGCUCUUUGAUUAUCACUGGCCUGGACAACAAAGAUGCAGGUAAAUACACCUGUGAGGCAUCCAAUAAAUUUGGCAAGGUUUCACACAGUGCUGAGGUGGUUGUUGGCACUCAGGAACCUCAAGUUCUUUGUAAGGAGAAGCAGGUUAAACAAAGCACUGACAGUGAGACAGAGAGCUCGUCUGGCAGUGACCUGGAUGAAGCUUUCCGCAAAGCAGGAAGGAGACUUCAUAGACUCUUUAAGGCCAAGAUCUCAACAGAGAUAUCUGAUGUGGAGGAAGAACUCUUUGUCAGUGCCGAUGAAGGGGACAUAGAGGUGGUCGACCAUCAGACAUAUCGUGAGGAUGACCAGUACAUCUACAUCAAGUUUGAAAUCUUGUCUGAGGCAAAAACUGCUGCCACUCGAUUCAGAGAGAUGUUUGGUGCUCUGGGAAUUCCCGUGGAGAUUGACAUUUUGGAACAAGCCCCUAAAAAAAUUGAAUUGCGUAUUGGGAAAGCAACACCACCCACCCAUGGGAAGUUUGCACCACCAGUAGUGAGACCUCCACCACCUUUGCUGACUUCCGAUACAGCUCCCAUGUUUAUGACUGAGCUCCAGAACCAAGAGGUACAAGAUGGAUAUCCAGUCAGCUUUGACUGCAUUGUCGUUGGCAAACCACUCCCCACAGUUCGCUGGUUCAAGGACGGGAAAGCUAUUGAAGAAAAUGAUCAUUACAUGAUCAAUGAGGACCAAGAAGGGUGCCAUCAGCUGAUCAUCACAGCUGUCGUCCCCACUGACAUGGGUGUUUACCGUUGCCUUGCUGAAAACAACAUGGGCGUUGCUUCAACCAAGGCUGAGCUUCGAGUAGACUUGACCAGCACUGACUAUGAGACAGCAGCAGAUGCAACAGAGACAUCUUCUUACUACAGUGCCAAAGAAUAUAUUUCAAGCCGAGAACAGGAGGAAUCUACCACUGAGGAGGAACAGUUGCCCCAGAUCUUUGAUGAGCUCCAUGACAUUCAUGUGGCACCUGGAGCAUCACUGGCUAAGUUUCACCUGAAGGUGAAAGGGUACCCACAGCCUCGUCUCUAUUGGUUCAAAAAUGGGCAGCCAUUAAAGGCCUUGGAUCGCAUCCUGAAGACUGAUAAACAGGAAUUCCACGCCUUGGAAAUCCGCAAUGUCACUAAAGCAGAUGCUGGCCAGUACUCAGUAUUUGUCAUCAACUCUGCUGGUUCUGCAUAUUCGUCAGCCAGGCUAGUAGUCAAAGAUCCUGAUGAGAAAGAAGAGCCAUCAGAAACAGAUUCCCAUGAGCAGCUGAUACCACCAAGGUUCCUAGAAAGAUUUACUAAUAAAAAGGUGAAAAAAGGUGCAAGCAUCACAUUAUCUGUAAAAGUUGAAGGACAUCCACCACCAACUAUUACUUGGCUGAAAGAAGAGUCUCAGGAAGAUAUCAUCUGGAUCAAGCCAGAUACUCAUGGGUAUAAACUUGCCAGUUCAAAUAUGCAUCACAGUCUAAUCCUGCUGGAUGUUAAAAAGAAGCACAGUGGAGCUUAUACAUGCAUUGCUACCAACAAGGCUGGCCAGUCUAUCUGCACCGCCACCCUGGAAGUUGCAGAUGGGCCUCUCCUGGCACAGUUCCUUCAAGCUAUUCAUCCCUCUGAAACAAGAGAAGGAGACCUUGAAGCUGGUAGAGAAGGUGUACCCAAAAGCCCUAUUUCAUUAGCUGAUGUUGGCUCAGAAGAGUUCCUGCAGAAACUCACAUCCCAUAUCUCAGAAAUGGUAUCUGCCAAAAUAAGUCAGGCUAAACUUCGAGUGCCAGGUGCAGAAAGUGAUGAUGAAUCAAAAACUCCCUCUGCAUCCCCUCGCCAUGGACGAUCCAGACCUUCAUCCAUUGCUCAGGAGUCCUCCUCUGAAUCUGAAGAUGGGGAUUCCAGAGGAGAGAUCUUUGACGUCUACAUGGUCACAGCUGACUACGUGCCUGCUGCUCCUGACAGGGAGACCAUCACUUUGAAAGAAGGUCAAUAUGUGGAAGUCCUUGAUUCAGCUCAUCCUCUGAAGUGGCUGGUCAGGACCAAGCCCACAAAGUCUAGCCCCUCUCGACAAGGUUGGGUAUCCCCAGCUUAUCUGGACAAGAAAUUAAAGUUGUCACCAGAAUGGGGGACAACAGAAGCUCCUGAGUUCCCUGGAGAAUUUGUUUCUGAAGAUGAAUAUAAAAGGAAGCUGAGCAUUCUUAUUCAAGAACUGUUGAUCUCGGAAGAGGAUUACAUUCAAGAUCUACAGUUCCUCCAGACCCAUCAUCUUAAGUACACUGAGACCUGUCCCAGUGUCCCCGGAGCUGUUACCAGUCAGAAAUCCACCAUCUUCAGAAACAUUGAUGACAUUGCUCGCUUCCACUCCAGUGUCUUCCUCAGAGGCGUGCAGAAAUGUGACACUGAUGAUGACGUGGCCAUGUGCUUUAUCAAGCAUGAGGCAGAGUUUAAUAAGUACAUCCAGUACCUGGUGGGGAGAGUACAGGCCGAGUCGAUUGUUGUUAGCAAAGCUGUCCAGGAUUUCUACAAGAGAUACACAGAUGAAAUUUUAACUAAUGAAGAUCCUUCACAGCCACUUAUCCCACCACUGCAGCACUACCUGGAAAAACCCAUAAAGAGGAUCCAGCAGUAUCAGUCUAUAAUCAAGGAAUUAAUCCGAAACAAAGCAAGAAAUAGCCAAAACUGCACUUUGCUGGAGCAGGCUUAUGCCAUUGUGUCUGCACUCACCCAGAGAGCAGAAAACAACCUCCAUGUCUCACUCAUUGAGAAUUAUCCGGGGACCUUGGAAAGCCUUGGUGAACCCAUCCGACAGGGCCACUUCAUUGUGUGGGAAGGAGCUCCAGGAGCUAGAAUGGCGUGGAAAGGACACAAAAGACAUGUCUUCCUCUUCAAAAAUUAUAUUGUGAUCUGCAAACCAAAGCGAGACACAAAGACAGACACCUACAGUUACAUCUUCAAGAACAUCAUGAAGCUGAACAACAUAGAUGUGAAUGACCUUGUGGAAGGAGAUGACCGGGCAUUUGAGAUCUGGCAUGAACGGGAAGACUUGGUCCGCAAGUACCUCCUUCAGGCACGGACAGUGAUUAUCAAGAACUCCUGGGUGAAGGAGAUCUGUGGCAUACAGCAGCGGAUCAGCGAGCCUGUCUGGAUCCCUCCAGACUUUGAGGAAGAACUGGCGGACUGUAUGGCUGAGUUGGGAGAGACAGUCAAGCUGGCUUGCAAAGUUACAGGAACUCCCAAGCCAUCUGUCAGCUGGUACAAAGAUGGAAAGCCUGUGGAGCUGGAUCCCCAUCACAUUAUAAUAGAAGACCCUGAUGGUUCCUGCACACUGAUCUUGGACAACCUAACAGGCGUUGACUCAGGACAGUACAUGUGCUUUGCUUCCAGUCCUGCUGGAAAUGCCAGUACCUUAGGAAAGAUCCUUGUUCAAGUGCCACCACGGUUUGUGAACAAGGUUAGAAAUGCUUAUUUUGUUGAGGGUGAAGAUGCUCAGUUUACCUGCACUAUUGAAGGAGCACCUAAGCCUCAAAUCAGAUGGUACAAGGAUGGUGUAUUGUUGAAGGACACAAGUAAAUACCAGACUUUCAGUGAACCACGGAGUGGCAUAAUAGUCCUGGUGGUCAAGAACCCUUCCAAUGAAGAUAUGGGACACUAUGAAUGUGAGCUGAUGAACAGAUUAGGGUCUGCAAAAAGUGGAGCAGAACUCUACCAUCACAGUGCUGCAGCCCUGACCCAGCAGAGGAGAGGAGACCAGGCUAUUACCAUUGAAGGAGUGACUCCUCCCCAGUCAGAGAUGGAGACUUCUGUACAGGCCUCGCUUCAGCGUGCAGAUAAAGAGAUCAAGACAGCUCUAAAGAAACUCAUGGACUCAGCAUCACUGCUGGUGACUCUUCCUCUGGACAAGCAAGAAGGAGCUGGUGGCCUUGGCCUUGCUGGGUCUGUUCCUUCAGACUACUCAGAAACAGCAGCCGGGCCCUCUGUGUUAGUUCAUGAAGCCAGUACCCAAACCCAGGCUACUGGAGGGCAUGAGAAAGCACAAAGGCAGAUUCCAGCUGAAGAACCGAGUAUGUCAGAGCCCAGCCCUGGUCCUUCUUGUGAAGAAACAGCUGCUGGAGAUGAAAGCACUCAGGAGCGCAGUGUUCCUAUUACCAGAACAUCACCAGCUGCAGGGGCAGGAGACUGGUAUAGAAAAGAAGAUGUGGCCUGGGAUGUACACCGUGAAGUUUAUAUUGAGACCACAGAAAGAACCUGUGUGUAUAAGACUGAGGAGAAGACCCCAACAAGUCCUCCUUAUAUGCAAGUGACAAUAGAGGAUGUGCAGGUGAAUUCUGGGGAGCGUGCCAAAUUUCAGGCAGUCAUUGAAGGAACCCCUCAGCCUACCGUUUUGUGGUUUAAGGGCACUUCAUUACUGACAGAGAGCAAGAGGGUCCAUCAAGGGAAGGAAGGAACAACAUAUUUCUUAGUUGUGGACAGUGCUGUUUUGGAAGAUGGUGGUGUUUAUACCUGUGUUGCCAAAAAUGCAGGAGGGGAGGUUCUGUGCAAAGCAGAGCUUAUCAUACAUGAAGCUAAGAAAGACCAAGCAGCAAAGAAAGUGGCCACCAGGAGAAAGCUCCAUUCCCUUUAUGAGGUUAAGCAGGAGAUUGGAAGAGGCUGCUUCAGCUUUGUGAAACGAGUUGUACACAAAGGGAACAGGGUGUCUUGUGCUGCCAAAUUCAUACCUCUACGAAGCAAAACGAAGGCUCAAGCGCAUCAGGAGAGGGAUAUUCUUGCCUCUCUAUCCCACGACAGAAUUACCAGGCUCCUGGAUCACUUUGAAACACGGAAAACACUGAUUUUGAUUCUGGAGUUAUGCUCCAGUGAAGAGCUCCUUGACCGUUUAUUCAAGAAGAGCGUCGUUACUGAAGCAGAGGUCAAAUUGUAUAUCAAACAAAUUUUGGAAGGAAUAAAAUAUCUUCAUGACAACAACAUCCUUCAUUUGGACAUAAAGCCCCUGAAUAUCCUCAUGGUUUAUCCUGAAAGGGAAGACCUUAAGCUCUGUGACUUUGGAUUUGCUCAGAAGAUCACACCCUUUGAGCCCCAGUUCAGCAAAUACGGGUCUCCAGAGUUUGUUGCUCCAGAAAUUGUUUCUCAGUCACCAGUGUCAAAAGCAACCGAUAUCUGGGCUGUUGGAGUCAUCACAUAUUUAAGCCUGACAUGCAAGUCUCCAUUUGCUGGGGAGAACGACAGAGGAACCCUUCUAAAUAUCCAGAAUGGGGAAAUUUCAUGGACCAUUCCUGAUUUUGUUCACUUGAGUGAAGAUGCGAAGGACUUUAUGAAAGGGAUCCUACAGCAGCAACCCAAAGCCAGGCCUACUGCUUUGGACUGUCUUUCACACAAGUGGUUCAUGCAUAAUCUCCCCCUCGAAUCAGCUCAUUUCAUUAAUACCAAGCAGCUCAAAUUCAUUGUGGCUCGAAGCAAGUGGCAGCGGUCUCUGAUGUGCUAUAAAUCCAUACUGGUAAUGCGGUCUAUCCCAGAAAUCCUAGAAAAGACUCACGACAACACCUCCCUGGCCAUCUCCCGACAUCUUAUUGAAGAAAGCACUUCGUCCAGUACUAGCGGCUCCUCCUCAGACAAUGAGAACUCACAUUUCCCCAAGAAGAGGCACUUUGGCUCUACACCCGAACUGCACUUGUCCAUAUUUGAUGCACCAAGCCAUCAGAAGCCUCCAAAACAUGCAAGUGAAGAGAAGUACUCCAAAAUCUCAGUCCCUCCUGUAAAACCCAUGAGGAGGAAGUAUGCUUCGAUGAAAGCUGAGGUGGGGGACAAAUCACCUACAGAAAGUAAAGAGCUCAUGACAAGUAUCUUAAAGGAGAAAGAGGAAGGGCUCCAUUCCAGACUUCAAGAUGAAAGAGCAGAGCAGUCCCAAAGAAGCGGUGCUGCUGAGCUUUCAUCAGUGAGGACCUCCACAGAAAGCACAUCACACUUAUGUCAGGAAGAAAAACCAGAUGUAUUUUUGUCUGAUAAGGACAGAACUGAAAAAGCUGGGGGUGGGACAGAAAAGGCACCUGUCUGUGUUCCUAGACAGAGUGUCAUUAAAAGCACUUUCUACAGCCAAGCAGCUGAGCUACCUGCAAGGGGGCCUUCCUCACCAGGCAGGGAGUUCAGAAAGCACAUGGACAGAGCCAGAAGGACCUUCCGGAAAGCUGGAUAUUCAAAGGUGCCCCUCAGUGGUCUCCGUGAACCCCUUCUAGAGCAGUUCGAACUGGAAGAAGAAGAAGGAAGGACUGAUGAUGGAGAUGAUCACAGGGAAAGUCUACUUGGUUCCUUGACCAAAUCAGCUUCAUUUGACACUGCAAGGAAACCACCACAUCCUGCCAUUGUGGGUGCUAGCCGAAGCCGUUCCCUAGAUGACUACAGGCUGAGACCCUCAAGAUCAGUGAGGGAACAAGAUAUUUUGGAAGAAGACUAUGAUAUAUUGUCACAGGAAAGUUGCCCUGAAGGCGGUGGUCACUGCGACAUGUCUGCAGAGCCUGGGAAGGGAUGUUCUGCAGACACUUCAAAGCAAGAGGUCUUCAGGAGAGCCAGCAAGGAUUGCUCAGAAGGGCAGCCCCCUCCUUCCACACCAUGUGAGGGUAAUGGGUGCCCGGCUAAUUUUGUGCAGCAGCUAGAGAGACUUCCAGUUUCACCUCAUAGGAGUGAGAAGAGGAAACAUUUACUGAAGAAGUCAAAAGCUACUUACAUUGAGGAUAAAGUGGAAGAUUUGGAAGGCAAAAGCCCCAUUCUAACUGUCCAGUGCUCAGAUGUAACUGCAUCAUCAGCUCAAAAACAUGAAAGCAUGGAGGGUAAAUCUUCCCCUGGUAGUGCCUCUAACACUGGUUUUCAGGAGGGCAAGCAGUCCAUCUCAGCUCUCACAGGGUCAGAAACCAUCUCCAAGUCAGCCCCUACAAGUAAGGGAGGUGUCUAUCUGCCCCAGGAGUCUGCUCACAGUACUGACAUCCAUCCAGAUCGGAAAGGUGAAAGCUUGCUUAUUGAAAGGACAGCCCCAGUCCCACCUUGGAAAGACAACAGGCAGAAACAUUCACAGGAGAAGAUUUCUGCUCAUAGUGUUGCCAAAUCUGGUCUCAUGGAGCAUGAAAGCUCUACUGUUUUAACAAGCCCGCAAACACAAACCAAUUCACUUCCAGUAUGUAAAGACAAAAGUCAGGAACUUCCUGGUCAAAGUGUUCCAGCAACUACUGUCUUGGUGGGCAAACGGCCAGGUACCCUAACUGCUCUGAACACAGCUAAUGAAGGUGCUCAUCAGAAGAUGAAGACCUAUAAAGAGGUGAGAUCUGCUGUCCUGGAGGAUGAAGGAGGGGGUAUUACAGGAAUCACUCCACCAUCAGUCCCUGAUGGUGGAAGCCAAGCACACAAGAGGGCUCCUGUUCACAUAGACACAGCAUCAGCCGUCCUGAAGGGAGAGCAUCUGGUUCCAAAAGUCCCACCACCAAAAUCAGUGCUGGCUUCAGUCUCUGAUGGAGCACAGGAGGCUGAAAGGGAACAGCCAGCUCAUAGCAGGGAGAGGCCUGCUGCUCUGAGGAAUGAAAACUCAGCUGUCACAGAGGUGGUUCCUAGUUUGGCACAUGAGGCUGAAAUAGAGAGAGAUGAACCCCGGAAGGUUUCUGAGGGCAAUGGCACAGUGCCUGCUGUUCUGGAGAGCGGACACCCAGCUAGAACUGUGUCCUCCCAAAAUACUGCCCUCCCUUCAGUCUAUGAGAGAGAAAAGCAAGAACAUCCAAUGGUAUCACUCUGCAGCUCUGUUGUGACAGCAAGUGGAAGCCAAGCAGCUGGACAGACUAUGCCUGCUCCUUUCCCCAGGGAUGGACAUCAGGUGUUUGAGCAGCGCAGGGCUGCCUACCCCAGUGGCAGAGUUUCUGCUGAUCUGGAGGGUGGGCCUCCAGGUGUCUUAACCACUUCACAACAAGAAGUUGCUCCAACUUCAGUCUAUGAGCUAGAAUAUGAGGAACAUCCAAAGGUUUACGGUGAGGGUAGAGGUAUUGCCUUAGAAAGUGCAAGAUGUGAUGAUGGAAAAACUGUCCCACCAUCGCUCCACAGGGAUCAAAGUCAGGGGCUCUCAUAUCACAGGUCUUCUUUUUACAGUGAUGAGGAGUCUGCUGUGCUGGAGGGCUUAGUGGAUGAGAUGGUGUCCCUCUCUGAAGAGAUGAAUGUUUGGGCAGAUUCAGUUUCUGGUGAAGAGGAAUGCAGAAAGCAAAUCUCUCCCCCCACAGAGGUGUUCUUCAAAGGCCCAGGUAGCCAAGCACCCACAGACACCUCCUUCCCUUCUGUACAAGGGGGUAAAAGAGGAGAAGUCUCUGAGCUAGAUGAUCUUGCAGAAUCCUAUCUUGUGAGUGAGUCAGCGGUACUGGAAGGGCAGGGAGAACAGACAGUUCCUCACGAAUGUGAGCAUCUGGAGGACUUAGCGAUUGAAAGCCCUACUUCUAGUCAAGUGAGUGUUUCCUCAACAGAUGACUUGGACACUGGAAAAAGACCCAGUCAAGUGUCAGUGAGCAAGGACACUGGUAAACACUUAGAAGUCUCUUUAGUGAAAAUCAAAGACCUGUCGGAUGAAACACCCAGUAUUGGCAGUGGAACUCCAAAAUUUGACAUAUCGGAGGUAGAGCCUGCCUAUUUGAACUUCUCCGAUUUGUAUGACAUUGUCUAUUUUCCAUUUGAAUUUAUGAACUAUAGAAAGCCUCCACCCAAACCAACUGGUAGACGGUUUAUACCUUUUGGUGAAAGGGCAAGGUCACCUCCUGCAGGACAUUUGCAUAAGGAUAAAAGACUGUGCAUCAGAGAAGAGGCAGAGAAUAAGAACAGGAAGAACCAUCUGGAAAUAUCUGAGGAUUCAAAGGUAACUAACAAUUUAGCCAUGGGAAAAGGGUCAGAGAGUCAUAAGGAAAUGUAUGGCCCUGAAAAGGACUCAAGUGGUAAGCAGAAAAGCUCCUUCUACAACAAGCCAGGACUCUUUAAGCCAUAUGCAAGGUCUCAUUCAGUGGAGCAGUCAGUGGAACAGACUCUGAAGAAGAAAGUAAAAGCUUCUGUUGCCCAUAUUUCAAGAAUCCUAAAAGGAAAGACAUCUCCUGAGCCAGAGGAAGAGUUUGGCGAGCUGGGAAGCGAGGCAGUAGAAAAAGAGCUCUUAACAGGGACUGAAGGAUCUCUGAAGAGGAAAUCAGCACUCUCUUCAUUCAAGUUAUCAAGCCUCAUGCCUAAGGAGAAAGCACCUGCAUUUGUUGAGGAGCUCAUCGAUCAGGCUUCUGCCAUUGGACAGUGUGUGACGCUGUCGUGCCGGACGGCGGCUCACUCCUCCCUGCACAUUGACUGGUUCAGAGAUGGGAUACCUGUCCACAAAAGCAGCCAGAUCCUCAUCUCAGCCACGCUCAAAAACUUCCAGCUGUUAACUAUUCUCUCUGUUAGUGCUGAUGAUUUUGGAAUUUACACCUGUGUGGCCACAAACUCCCUGGGCUCAGCAUCCACCUCUUGCAUUCUAAGAAAAGCAGAGGUUCCUCCCAGCCCCCCACCCCCUGACAUCGUGGAGGUCUAUGAGGAUGGAGUGCAGGUGGUCUGGAAACCUGUGGAAACCAACACCCCCGUCCAUUACACUGUCCAGUGCAAGAGUGAAGAUGGGGAGUGGACGACUCUUGCUUCUGACAUUGCUGACUGCUGCUACUAUGCCAAAAAUCUCUCCAAGGGAUUUAUCUACUGCUUCAGGAUAGCCUGCACCAGUAAAGCAGGAAGGGGCCCUUACAGCAACCCAUCUGCCAAAGUGAAAAUCACUGGGAAAGAUCAAAUGGAACUUCGUGCUGCAAUGCAGAGCUUCCCAUCAGCUGCUGCUGAAGAAGAGAGUGAAAUAAUCGCACCAUCCGAGCCCUUCCCAACCUACCAAACCUAUGCCUUCCAAACAGAGAUCAAAAGAGGGCGUUUCAGCAUCGUCCGACAGUGCAGGGAAAAAGUAAGCGGCAAGACUUUAGCUGCUAAAAUUAUCCCUUACUGGCAAGAGGACAAGCAGACCGUGCUCCUGGAGUACCAAGUCCUGAGGAAGCUUCAUCACACAAACAUAGCUCAGCUGAAGGGAGCCUAUGUCAGCCCACGGCACUUAGUGUUGAUCCAGGAGAUGUGCGUGGGACCAGAGCUACUCCAUUCUUUGGCAUUACGGACAUCCUACUCAGAAGUGGAGGUCCGAGAUUACCUGUGGCAGAUCCUCAGUGCUACUGAAUACCUCCACGCACACAGCAUCCUGCACUUGGAUCUCAGAUCUGAAAACAUGAUUAUCACCGAGCCCAGCCUGCUGAAGCUCCUGGAUUUUGGCAAUGCACAGUUCUAUACACAAGACAAAGUUAUUACUAUGGACAAGUGCACAGACUAUGUUGAAACCAUGGCUCCAGAACUCCUGACAGAGCAAGGAGCCCUCCCGCAAACUGACAUCUGGUCCAUCGGAAUCACAGCUUUCAUCAUGUUGAGUGCCAACUACCCUGUCAGCUCCGAUGUAGCCUGUGAGUUUCUGAGAGCAACCAGGAAGGGUAAAGUGAAGCUCACGCGAUGCUACGCGGGUCUCUCCGGGGGAGCAGUGUCCUUUCUCCAGAGCACACUGUGUGCAAACCCCUGGGGAAGGCCAUCAGCCUCAGAGUGCCUUCAGAGCCCAUGGCUUCAGGAGACAGGUUUGGACCACAGGCAGCAAGCACUGGUUACUUUCCCCACCACCAAACUGAGGAAUUUCCUCACUGAUCGGGAAAAGAAAAGGGAUCUGCUGUGCUCGAAGUACGGCCUCAUGAUUGCACAGUGACGUGGAUGUGGUGACAGGCGUGAAUUGUCUCUCUCUCCCCUUCUGCACUUAGUGUUUUGUACCAAAUAGUCCUGCCAAGUUGCUGUGCAUCAGCUGAGCCGCGGUAACUGCUCCCUGUGAAUGCAAUUUAGCACAACUGAGCAAAUGAAUCCAUAUAUGUGUAUUGCCACAAGGUGAGAACAGAAAUACAGACUGUUAAUACGGCUCAGCUGACCAAAGGUAACUUGACACUAUGUGUGUCACUUGGCUGCAUGCUCCCUUGAAUAACCAGGAAAGAUUGGUGAAUGGGACUAGCUACCAGCCCCAAGCAGCUCUGCAAAUCCUUCCCUGAGGUCAGCAAGAUUCUAUGCGCGCAAAUGCUGGGCACUGACUUCUGCCUCUGGCCCCAGGACGUGAUCACCAGACCCGCUCUCAGAUGUUACUGCAUUGCUCAUCCCACCGUGACCACCUCAACAAGGUCUGAGUGACUGGUGGGUUUCUCACCUGCCUCCAAUCUAAAAGAAUUCAAUGACCAGUUAUGAAGGGAAAAUAGGAAAGAGUAAAGCACUUUCGGGGGGGGUGGGGGGGGCUAAUAUUAGACAGCAAUAUAUCUUCAGGCUUUGGAUUUAGAGGUCCAACUAGUUAAAGCUCUGAGCAGCCUGGCCUGAGCUGAUAGCCAACCUUGCUUUGAGCAGAAGGUUGGUCCAGAGACAUCCUGAGCUCCCUCCCAACCUGUCCAGUGAUCCUAUGUCUUUGCCAAGUGCCAGACACAAGGCUGCAGUAGUGAGACUCUGCUAGCAUCCAUCAGUGGUCAGGCUCAGCAUGUCACUUACCUGGCCAAGUUCUCCACCAUCCCCACGGGCCCGACUCUAGAUUAACACGGGUCUAGAGGAGGGCUAUUAUUCUACCUGUGGAGCAGCAAGAGGCUGCAAAGGAAGGAGGUGUGUGCUACGUGUGUGACAGCGGUACCACAGAAGAGAUUUUAACCAGGGCUUUUCAUAUUCUGUGUGGAAACUCUUUCCUGCCUAAGUCACAAGAAACAAGCAGAGACAGUUUCCGUGAAAGCAGCUUUGUAGCUUGACUUUGUAGCACAAGGUGUGUAUGGGGAGGGUAAUAGCAAUGGGGUUUUCCAGUAACUGAUACAUUGCACAUCCUACUCCUGAAAGAGGCCACAGCUUGCUUAGCUUUGAGAAAAGUUACUGUUUUCCCUGGGGCCCACGUUGACUCUCUGUAUGCCUGUCCAGCUGGGCAGCCCAGCUCCUGCUCUCUUAGAGCCCGCUCCACUGCUCAGUGAGCUGUGUGGCUCCAUGGAGGGUCACCAGUUCUCCAUGGGCACCUCCACUGUCAUGUCUGCAGAGUUGACCAAGCUCCUCAAAGGUUUCAGAGUUUGAAAACACCACAAAACUUGGCUUUGGGGGCAUGUAUUUGAAGUCUCCCAUUAGACCUAGAUGUCACAUAGGAUCCACAUAGGCAGCCACUCACCUGUCUGACUGUAUCUGCAUCAAUUAUCUUAAAAAUGUGUUAAAGAACAAACACACAGAAACAACUCUUGAAGAAACCAAGCUGUGACUUGGUCUAUGGGCAUCUCUGGGAAAGAUGUUCCCUACGGUUGGCACAUGGAGCAUUUAGUUGUAUGGCUUUCCCCACAAGUGGGGCUAAAACAGGCUUGUGCAGAAAGCCUCUCCUGAGCCCACCCAAGCUGUCAGGUGGUGGUGUGAGUGGUUCAUUGCAGCCUUGCUUUGCUUCCCAUCAGAAAUGCUCUCCCAUUCUGCCUGGCUUGACUGUGUUUGUCUCUGCGUCCUGCCUGCCACAAGGUAUUUCUGCAUAUGCUGAGACUCAUGGGAAUAACUUGGCCACCAGACAGAAAAGGCAGCAAAUGCAACAGUGGCCAUGACCUAGUUACACGCAGAUGUUGUACCACUACGAGACUUUGCUGCUCUUCUCUGGGGAGUGCAUAGGCACAGCUACCAGGAGAUGGGGCAGCAGUGUUGAGGGCAAAUGCUGUGUGUUUUAAUUCUUU